AUGCCUACCCUUGCCCUGCCAGCCACUGCCCCCCUGAAGCCCAAGACGGCGCACCGCGCGGCCUGCAAGCGCAUCAUCGAGGCAGGCAAGACCCCGACGCGCGCCGGCGUCAACUUCACCGCGGCCGAGCGCGGCAAGAACAAGUCCACCAACGAGGGCAAGGCCGACCGCGGGAAGGCAGAUCUCCAGGAAGGCCAGAAGGCAGCACGCGGUACCAUUUCCGGGAAGAAGGGAGAUGUCCAACAGCGAAAGAACAAGGGCCGUGGCGGGGAGACGGCCCACGAGCGCGGCGGUGGGAGCAAGAAGGCGGACGUUACCCUGUCAAGGGUCACUCAGGUAGACAAGGUGACCCCGGAGCAGGCAAGGUUCAACCACUAUCGGUGUUCUUUCGUCGACCCGAGCACAGGGGCGAAUGCGGCGAGAUCAAGCUGUGGGACUAGAGAGUCCUCAAGGACCUUAGGCCCAGCGGCAAGGGUGAGUGGAUUGCCUGCUUGGAUACCCACCAGCCCAGGAAGAACGGAGUGCGGGUGCACUGUGCGGCCUUCGAGCCGUGGUGGAAGACCGGGAAGGCGGUCGACGACGGGGAGUGCCUGGUCGGAAAGCAGGGGGUCAAGUACCUGUCGGCCAAACCUGCUUCCGCUACCGUGACCUGCCACCAGACCGCAUACAAAAAGCUUUUGGCUGAAUAGCGAGACGUAGACGGGCGGGGGGCGACGAGUUGGCGUGUAAUUUACGGAUUUUUUCUGUAUUGACGUGCUCUGGUGUGUCACAGUGGGCGUAAGCUCGAGCCGAGAAACAUAAUCUGGAAGCAGUGUCACCCUACGGAGAUAUUCGUCAACCUCGGUCAAUCCGGAAAAAGGAGUCCG